UUCUCACGCGCAGAUUUUUAUGUUCACUUCAGCGCAAGCUUUCGAACCUAGUAAAUUACUUUUAACCAAAGAAAUGGUUGGGCAGUGAAGGUAACUCGCUUUUAUAUUAACAUAUAUUUCAACAAGUUUAAAACAAAAGUCUUUAGCAAAAUAAGGAUUUUUACUUUGAUAGCCUGUUUUGUUUCGGCCAAAAUAGGUCAGGUUGCUUUCACACAAGCUAGUUAACGUAGCUAGCUAGAUUCGAGGUUAGCAUAACGUUAGCGAUAGGCUAAAGCUGUCAGUUGAACCAGUUCUGUAGCACAUUUAUCUUCUUUAUCUUUAUUGUCAACCAACAAAAGAUGGCAACUCACAAGGGAUGUGCUCUGAAAGGCAAAGCAAAAGGCACUAAAACCACCUCAGGCAAACCCCAUAUGGAGGACUUCAAUGGGAGUUUCAACAAAGAAAACCUUCAAGUUGAGGCUGAGACAUUGAGAGGAAGGAAACGUCUCUCAGAGGCAGAUGAUGACAUUGACAUUGACAUCACCAAAGGAGGGGAUAUGAUGACCAUGUUGGACAGAUUUGGAGCGGACAUCAACAAAGCUUUCCUGGCAAAACGCAAACGCUUGGAAACGUUCACCAAGUCCUCUGUGAAGACCAGCCAUCAGAAGAUUGAGCAGUUAUGGAGGGUCCAACAAAGAGACAGGAGUAAAGUGACAGAAGACUACUGCACCCAGUUCAAUGCAGUCUUCAACCAGUGGGACACAGAUGUGCAAAAGUCCAAGGAUAACGAGGAGAAACUACUGAGCAUGUUCCAGCACCAGCAGAAAAUGUUCCAGCACAUGAGGGCCUCCCAAAGCCAGAGACUGAAGACUCUCAAGCAGCUGCUAGAGCAGUACAUCCAGAGCCUUGAUACAAUGGAGAAGACCCAUAUCAGCCAGCAGGGUGCUGUACAGGGCGAGCUGCGCCAGGAAAUGGCACUGUUUCAGAAAAAGAUCCUCAUGGACACACAACAGCAAGAGAUGGCUACAGUGCGCAAGUCUCUGCAGACGAUGCUGAUGUAAACUAUUUAGAUUGAAGGGAGCCAAGAAGAAUCAAGUUUAGUUUAUGACUGUGUUCCAGAUAGACCUUUACAAUGGCCAGAGAAGUGUUAAACAUCUCAGGAACAAUAUCAACCUUGAUUCUUUAAUCUGCAAAUACCAGCAAUGGUUCCAGGGAGAUGAGAGUUUUGAAAUCUUACAUUUAUGGAAGUAUGGUGUGUACAUGUAGCAUUGCAUUUCUGUUAUCAACUGCUUCAUUCUAUGUUAAAUCUACUUAAUUAAACCCUGAUUGAGACAGGGAUGGAGAAAUUAAAUGUGACUUUAGUUGCUAAAAUGUUGUCAGGAAUUAAGACCAUCUGUUAUUGUAAGUAUAUAAACAUUUAUCACAAAUGACACUAGGUAGCAACUUACAUGUGUGAAUAUUUUUAUUUGCGUUAGUGGGGGAGAGAUUAUUGAGUGAUCUUGUUGUUCUUUUGUCACAACCUAUGAACAUACUUGUCUGAAAACUAAUAUACCUGAGCUUGACAGUCCGGCCAAAAUAAAAACAGUAACGAGUGAAAACACAGUACAUACACACAGUGGAAACAAAUUAGGGGCAUGUUAUGAGGCUUGACUAUCAUACAACAGAAAAUUAAACAAACUGUUUAAGGCAUCCUUUUACUUAUCUGAGAAUGUACUAGUCAAUGAGAGCACUGAUCUGACAUCAGCAACUACACACACGUUGUAUGAGCUCAGUAACUUACAUACCAACAACAUUACACACAGAAAUAAAAG